AUGAACGGCUCGGCGGCGGGCGGCACGGCGGCGGCGGGGCUGCUGGCGGGCGCCGGGAGCGCGGCGCUGGAGCUGGAGCGGGCGCUGCGCUGCUGCACCGCCGCCUCCGUGGUCACCGACGGCGGCGGGGCGGCGGCGGCGGCGGCGGACGAGCGGAGCGUGUACAUCAUGCGGGUGGUGCAGAUCGCCGUCAUGUGCGUCCUCGCCCUCACCGUCGUCUUCGGCAUCUUCUUCCUCGGCUGCAACCUGCUCAUCAAGUCCGAGGGCAUGAUCAACUUUCUGGUCAAGGACCGGCGGCCGUCCAAGGAGGCGGAGGCGGUGGUGGUGGGGCCCUACUGA